AUGAACCUUUUCCUUAUUUUAAUUAAUUUUGUGAUUUCAAACUUUUCAGAAGAAUUCAGACUAAUUUCCCCAAAAUAUGGAGAUAAACAUUAUAGAAAACAGCUAAUUUGGUUAGAAAAGGAGAAUGAAUUUAGUAGUGAUAUAAAAACAGCUCAAUUAGAGCAUGAAACCCCAAGGAUUAAAAACAGAAUUGUGUCAAUUGUUGGAAGACCUAACGUAGGGAAAUCUUCCAUAUUCAAUCGCAUUACGAAACUUGUAAUUUACCUAAAUAAACAAAAGUUUCAUUAUGGAAGUGUAGUAAAUGACGCGCCCGGAACCACAAGGGAUCGACAGUACUCAAUUGCAGACUGGAACGGAAAAUACUUUCGAAUAAUAGAUACAGGAGGAUAUGAUGAUGACCAGCUUUAUUCUGACGAGGAAGGCCUUACAUCAAUGGAUUAUGAGAUUAGAGACUAUCUCUUUAAGCAUAACAAGAAAAAAAGAGAUUUGGAAAUAUUACUUUGCGUAAACAAAGCCGAAUCUUAUAGAAGAGGUGAUAUACUAGCACAGGAAUUUUGGAAAUUAGGACUUGGGCAGCCUUACCCAGUGAGUGCCUUACACGGAACAGGAUUAGCAGAAUUGCUAGACAAGUACUGUUGUUUUUGUUGGAAUUUUUUAGGUGCGUUGAGGACUUUGAAACGGGAGAGAUCGUCGAUGACUCACAAAUUGUUGUUUCCUUUAUCGGAAGGUACAAAUCAACUUAAUUUGAGAUACUAUAAACUUUGUAGACCAAACAGUGGUAAAUCAUCAAUGAUCAAUAAGCUGAUUGGGGAGAAUAGGUGUAUAGUUUCACCUGAGGAAGGAACUACCCAGGACUCCACAAAAGUGUUUGUCACUCAUGGUAAGCUUAAAGCGUUAGGUGGUGAAAAAAUGACCUUUAUCGAUACCGCCGGUAUGAAAUUAUUGACCAAGGACCGGAGGAGUUACCUGUCUCAAAAAAGUUCCCUGAAGUCGAUAAGAGCAAGUGAUGUUUGCAUUUUGGUGAUAGACUCGUCUUGGGGAAUUUCAAAAAAUGACAUAAGGAUGGCUGAAGAGAUAAAAGAAGAAAAUAAGGCCGCGAUAAUUGUGUGCAACAAGUGGGACUUGGUAGACAAAACUCCAACAAUUUUUGACAAUGUUAUUGGUUAUGUUCGAGAGAAGCUGUAUUGGUUGGACUAUGCAGAUGUUUUAAUUACCUCGGCGAAAUCAGGCCAAAAGGUCCAGAAUAUUUUCGAAGCCAUUCAAAGAACAUAUAAACAGUACUGUUCAAAUCUGCCUACAAAUCUAGUCAACAACGUUUUGAAAGACGCCAUGUUUAACAGGAAACUGCCUGUUACUCAUGGAAGAAGACUAAACAUCUAUUAUGCCACUCAGGUACUUUUUAUAACACAAAAACUCAGUAACAAUAGUCAAUUUAUAACUAUAAUAAAUUUAGGUCCAUACCAAACCGCCCGGAUUUACACUUUUCUGUAA